AACAGAGCGCGUCUGGCGGACUAUCAUUCAAUCUUAUAACUGCAACCAGUGUGCCAUUGGCAAUUGUGCUGGCGGACCACACGUACAAGCGCAGAGAGUUGCCCAGGUACAUAGCACAGUGACUCAUUCACAGGCAAACGGAUGGCUUGCAUCCUACCGCAUAGCUGCCAAUGCUCAUGUUGAACCACUUUACCCGAAAUCUGGUUGAAUUUCAGCCAGUAUCUAUCCUCAACGGCGGCCAACUUGAAGACAUGCCCAGCAAACUGGCUGUGUAUAUCGACUUUGAGUUGCAGAGCAUUAGACAUGGGUGGAUACUGUUAAAGGAGAGGAGAGCCCUUAAAUGGACAAACCCUGGCCAAUACUACGAUUUCAAUGGUAUGGAAAUUUAUAAUUUAGCCAUGGCCGACGGGUCCUCAUCUAUCGACAAAUACAGCAACCACAGUAUAUACCCGCCGCUGUUGUUAUCUGAGAAAAAUGGCAUUCCGGUGCUGAUUGCCGCGCUUGUGUUAGUUUGGGAAUAUGCCGUUUUGCUAGUCGUUGACCUCCGAGUGAUCUUUGAGUUUUGGACUGGUCCAGUAUCAGAUUUUGACAGCAUUUCGCGCGCGUCUCUAAUCCUCUGGUGUGCCAAUAGCAUGUUCUGCUGUUUGUACUCUUAUCUGGACGAAGGUAUUUGGAACAAAAACGCAAUGUUUGCUGUGUUUAUUGUAUUGGCGCUUCUGUUUCAUAAUCGGUGUCUUUUCUCUGGAUUGAGAAUUCCAACUUGGUUUGCAAGGCGCAUUAAAAAAGAGCCUGUUGUGGAGACUGCCGAUGCUAAAAAUCGUGCGGCUGUUGACCAGCAGAAUGCCCUGGUAAAUGAUCAAAAUGCUGUUGUCGUCACAGAGGCCAAUCAGCAUAGCCAUAUUAUCAAGUCGCAAAAGGAGGCAGACAGCAUUAGCACGCACUGAAUUUGCAUUUCUGCCUUCCCGGUUAUUGUGGUUAUUGCAGGGUAUGCUUUUAUUGAGAACAAGAAGGCCUUGCAAAAAAACACGCUCUUA